GUUGAACAUUGCGCUUACGGCCGCGUCUAGCUCCGGCAGUGCGGAUGCCUGUCCAGUCCGGAGGCUCAAAUUGGAAUCAGGGGCCGGCUUCCUCCGCAAACGACGCGGGGAACACCAAUAGCACUCCAGAUGAUGACCAUGAAACAUUCGGUUGGGUGAACAGGGCGUGUCCUGGAAAACGCCCGGGCUAUGCCGUUGGACGCGUAUGUUGCCUAGGGCCAGGGGAUAGAAGUUGAGCAUCCCGACGAUGGCAGAAGGUAGGGACCGAAAGGUAUAUAGAUCAACCAAGUUGCCCGUCUCGACUCUCGAUCAGUAUCUCAUCGCCAUCCUCAGCUACACGGCAUCCACUCACUUAACCGUCCAUUUACUUGAAUUCAGCCAUUCAUCAUGCUCUUGACCAAGGCUGUUUCCGGCCUCGCCGUCCUCGCCGGUCUCGUGGCUACCCACCCCGGCCACGAUGUCAAGCACGAGGCCGCUGAGCGCCGCGCCUACCUCCAGUCGGCCAAGCGCACCUCGCUCGCUCACUGUGCCGACAAGCUCAAGGCCCGCGGCGUACAUGCCCGCAACAUUGCCAGACGCCAGGCCAUCGUCGAGAAGACCCGCCAGAAGCGCGGCCUCAAGAAGCGCGACUUCGACACCAUCAUCGCCACGUCCCACAACAAGACAGAUCUCGGCUACACCUCCAACACGGAUGCUGCCACCCUCUUCGCCGGUUAUAACUCGUGCCUUCUGACCCCUGACGUAACCCAGGGCCCGUUCUACGUCGCCGGCGAAUACGUCCGCGAGAACAUCGUCGAAAACCAGGCCGGCUUGUCCACCCUGGCCGAGUUCCAGGUCAUCGACGUGGCCACCUGCGAGCCCGUCCCCGACGUCUAUGUCGAGCUGUGGCACUGCAACUCGACGGGCGUCUACAGCGGCGUCCUGGACGGCAACGGCAACUCGGCCGACACGACCAACCUUGACAACACGGCCCUCCGCGGCAUCCAGCUGACCAACGACGACGGCGUCGUCACCUUUGAGACCAUUUUCCCGGGCCACUACGAGGGCCGCGCCACGCACAUGCACAUCAUGGUGCACGCCAACGCGACGCUGCAGGCCAACAGCACGCUCGGGCUCGCCAACUACGCCAGCCACGUCGGCCAGGUCUUCUUCGACCAGGACCUGAUCACGGCCGUGACGAUGCUCGAGCCCUACGCCUCCAACGACCGGGGCCUCACGCUCAACACCGAGGACGCCAUCAUGAAGGAGGAGGCCGCCACCGACGGCGUCGACCCCAUCGCCGAGUACACCCUGCUCGGUGACACCAUUAACGACGGCCUGUUCGCCUGGCUCGCCUUUGGCAUUGACACGACCAAAUCCAACGUCAUCACCCCGGCCGCCUACUACCAGGCCGGCGGCGGCGUGACCAACGAGAACAGCAAUAUUGGCGGCGGUGGUGAGAGCGGUGCUCCCGGUUGUGGUGCUGGUCCCAGCGGCGCUCGUCCCUCCGGGUCUGGGGUGCCUCCUAGCGGUGCCGUCCCUACUGGCUCUGCCCCUGCCAGUGACGUUGCAACGUCCAGCUCUUCUUCUUCUAGCAUUUCUGCUGUUGCGGUGAGCAGUUCGUCUCUCAGCAGCUCUACUCUCAGCAGCUCUACUCUCAGCAGCUCUACUCUCAGCAGCUCUACUCUCAUCAGCUCUGCGCUUGCUGUGACCAGCUCGUCUGCCGCCUCUCCCUGCCGUGGCUCCAGCUGCGGCAAUGGCAAGGGCAACGGCAAUGGCAUCGGCAACGGCAAUGGCAUCGGUAACGGCCGCGGCCGUCAACACAAGUAAGUUGCCAAGUUAGUGCACAUCAAAGUGUGAAGGGGCGCGAAAAGUUUUUAGGGAUGUCCGUGAAGGAGGCUGAGGUCGGAAAUGCUUGGGACGAUGCGGUGGAGUGUUUCGUACGUAAGAAUCUAGAGUACGUAACCAGCGGCUUGCCGGCCAAUUAAUUCCUUGAAUGGAAUAUCACAGUAUCGUCC